AUGUGCACGGAGGAGGAGGAGAACCCGGGCGCCGACGGCUCCGUCCCGGCACUGAAUGUUGGUGGGGAGGGCGCCACUUCUUCCCAGCCUAGCGCAGAUCCUUCCCCGGCGGACCCAGAGGAUGUUGACACCAUCAUCGAGGAGGUCGCCAGGGACGCCGCAGCAGAGGCCGACAAGAUCGCCGCCGAGGAGGCCGCCAAGACUGCCGCUGAAGAGGCCGCCAAGGGGUCUACUAAGGAGACCGGCAAGGCCGCUGGCCAGGAAGCCGGCAAGGGGCCUGCCGGGGAGGCUGGCAAGGCCGCUGCCAAGGAGGGGGCGGUCGGCGACCAAGCUUCCUCCUCCACUGCCUCUGACUCGUGCAUGUACCUGAAGGGCAUUUUUCCUUCACACGUCGCCGAGACGCAGGCUUGGUUCCGCGAGGCCCACAAGGAACUGAAGGCCGCCCAGGAUGUGCUGGACGAGCGCAAGCUGGAGCUUGUCAUGAAGCAGGCCGACAUCGAGAAGGCCCAGGAGCUGGCGAGGGAGCAGGCCGCCAAGGAUGAGGCCGCUAGGCACCAGCACCCGGCCGAGCUAAAUUCCCAGGAGGAGGACCUUGUGAAAGAGCUGGAGGUGGAGCGGGAUGGGCUGAAGGAUCAGGCCCUGAAGUUGGAAAAGGAGAAGGACACGCUCAACGGUGCUCUGCUGGAGGGUCUUGAGGAGACGCUUUCAGGGGUCAGGGCCCGGGAGGAGACGCUGACCAAGGAUCUGGAGAAGGAGAGGCAGCUGCGGAAGAACGAGGCUGCCAACCACGCAGAUUUCGUGAAGGGCAAAAACCUCUCGAUCAGCUGCCUCGCCGACGUCGCCGGCAGGAUCAUCACGAAGCUGGCGGCCAUGGGGAUGCCAAACUUGAGGGCCCUGGAGCAGUUCCACUCCAACAGGGCGGGCUCUUUGGCCGAUGAGGCCCGGAAGCUCUGCCCGGGUGUCAUGACCAAGGUCCUCACCAAGCAGAUACCACCAUCCCCUCCUAACGAGGAUGAACCCAUGCAGCAAGCUGAGCCUGCGGUGUAUAUCAUUCCUACCUCAGCUGCUCUAGAGACUGAUGUUGUGGAUAUCUUUCUAAACAAGACUGGCAAGGAAAAUGCCUUUCCUGGGCAGCAAGCCACAAAGGAUAAAACUGAUGAAGAAAUUGAGUUUGAGGAGGCAGUUUCAUUGCCUCCGAAGGAAAUGCAAGUUGAGCUCUCGAGAUCCAACAAGGAGGAGAAUGACAAGUUAAAAGAGGAAGAAAAGAAAUAUGAAGAGCCCAUGGCUCAUGAAGAAGUUGUUCCACCUGUUGUGCCCCAGGAAACCGAAAAAGAAGCAGUUGUGACCCAGGCAUCUGCAGAGGAUAUUAGCAAAGGAAAGGCACCUGUUGAUGUUGCUGGCACUACUUCUGCAUCUGACACUGCUCCGAAAGUUAAGAAAGCUAAGGAAAACUCCUGUGCCCCUCAGCGUUCUGCAUCAACUGACCUGCUGUUCGUCGAACCAGAUGAUGAAUUCGAAGACACAGCUGGAACACUCAUCUACAAGCCAGAUGCACCUCGCACUGUUUGCUCCGAAGCCCAUGCUGCAACACCUGCUUCAGACUCAACUAUUCCUUACUCUGCGAAUUCUGAUUUGUCAAGCAGUGCAAAUUCUGAUUCUUAG